GAGAGGAGCCACACGCUGGACUGAGUGACCGGAAAAGCCACACCUGUGCGGCUGACCCCGGCAUCCAUCCCGAGUUCUCCACGCAUGCGGUGAGCAGCUGAGAGAGGAGGACGAAGACGACCAUGGCAUCGCCAUUGCUGCCGCCGGUGUCGCAGGUCGGUAAGGGCCUGAGAUUCCUCGCUCCGCCUCCGCCUCCGCCUCCGCCGCCGCACGGUCUUGGGUCGCUCAAGGUUGCCGUAAACGUCGCAGCUGGAUUCACCACCCCUCAGCGAUUGGGUCAGGCGAAGCAUAAAAGCAGUGGAGAUGGUGGUCACCGUCGUCUACGAGCAGCCCCUGCCGGCGGCGCAACCAAUCUUCCUCAAUUGUCAUCGGUACAAUGCGUGGUGCUGGACAUCGAGGGGACGACGAGCCCCAUCUCGUUCGUGACGGACGUGCUCUUCCCCUACGCCCGCGGCAACGUCCGCAGGCACCUGGCCGCCACCUACGACACCGACGAGACCAAGGAUGACAUUAAGCUGCUGCGUGCUCAGGUUGAGCAAGACUUAGCUGAGGGGGUCGCCGGCGCCGUUCCGGUUCCGCCGGACGAGGCUGGCAAGGACAAGGUCAUCGAUGCUCUGGCUGCCAACGUCGAGGCCAUGAUCAAGGCGGACAGGAAGAUAACAUCGCUGAAGCAGUUGCAGGGUCACAUAUGGAGAACUGGGUUCGAGGGCCAAGAAAUCGAAGGAGUGGUGUUUGAGGAUGUGCCUCCGGCGCUUGAGAAGUGGCACGCCAGCGGCAUCAAGACUUACAUAUACUCGAGUGGCAGCAGAGAAGCCCAGAGGCUUAUUUUCGGGAACACUAGUUACGGUGACCUCAGGAAAUACCUGUGUGGAUUUUUUGACACAACGGUUGGAACCAAAAGAGAAGCUCGCAGCUACUACGAAAUCUGGCAGUCAGUCGGGGUAGAUCGGCCGUCGCAAAUAUUGUUCUUGACAGAUGUGUAUCAAGAAGCCACGGCAGCAAAGGCCGCAGGUCUUGAGGUACUAAUAUCUGUAAGACCUGGAAACACUCCGCUCCCUGAAAAUCAUGGGUUUCAGACAAUCAGGUCGUUUGCUGAAAUCUUGACAUGAAUGCCGCAUCUUCAACCUGCAAUAUGCAGAAAUGGUUAAUUUCAAAAUUGCUAUAUGUACACUAGCACGGUUAACAAUUUAGCAAGUUAAAGGAAGACAAGUUGGCAGAAUGGUUUCAAGACCUUGUAUGUGGUUCGGUAUGAAUGGGGUUCCAAAAACCGGAAACACAAGGGUACUCUAUCCAAAUCCUUGUGCUAAAAUUUUAAAUUUAUUUGUAAAAUUCGGUCAAAAAAAUUUUAUUUGUAAAAUGAUCUAUGUAUUGGGUGAUGCUAGAAAAAGCACCCGUGUAAAGUGUCUAGCUAAACAACACACAUAAACAGGAGUGAGACAGACCUUGGCCUCA